AUGAUUGUGGAACCGCUGCGGCGCCGCCGCAGAGCCGCCGGGAUGAGCACGGCCGAGGGCUGGCCCCGGUCCCGGUGGGACGGCGGCGGCCAGGCGGUGCUGCGUGCCCGUGCCGAGGCUGCCGGGUACCGGAGGCUGCUGCGCACCCGCGCUGCCGAGGUGGAGGCGCUGCGCGGGGCCGUGGGCGCGUUGCACCGGCAGCUGGAGGGGCUGCGGGACCGGCGUAGCGGGGAGCUGGCCAAGUACCAGGAGCGGGUGGCGGAGCUGGAGCGGGAGAUCGGCGAGGCGGAGGCGGAGAUGGCCCGGUGCCUGCGGGAGUACCCGGCGCUGCUGCGGCUGCGGAUGGCGCUGGAGGCGGAGAUCGCCGCGUACCGAGAGAUGCUGGAGGGCGAAGAGCUGCGCCUGGGCUGCCUGGCCCCGCCGUGACGGGACACCCGGCCCCGCAGCGGGAUCCCGCGCCCGGGCCCCCGGACCCCGGACUUCUGCCUCUCGGGGUCCCCUGAGCCCCCGCUCGCCCGCACCUCGGGACCGCCGCCCCCGGAUGACCAGGCCAUGCGACCCCCCAGACCCUCUGGACCCCCUCCGGACUCCUGCAGCCCCGGUCCUUCUCUCCCCCUGUGCCAUGGGCCCCCCGGACUCCUGGGGUCCCCGGCUACCCGGGCCCUCCAGACCCCGCCCCGGGAGGCCCCGGCCCCCCAGAAGGGCAGUGCCCACGGGGCCGCACACUCUCACCAGCCUCUCCAGAGCAGCAGCGGGUCUGGGGUCCCGGCCCGCGCGGAAGCACCUCAAUAAAGCCCCGUGGCAUUA